CCGUCACUGUCACUCUCAGAGCACAGCUGUCAAUUUGAAGAUAAUAAAAAUCCGAUUUUCAAUCAAUCUCGGUUUACGGCAGUCACAUGCUAACAACUUAAUAUUUACCAGCUUAUAAUGUGAGAAAAUUGUUUCAUGUUUACGUGCAACUUAUUUUGAUGGGUGAGCGACUGCGACCUGAGGAAAUGGCGACCACGAGCACGGCGGUAGCGACCGUCCCAUCUCAGAUCCAAGAGCCCGCAGAGCCGGUAGCGGUGAUAACACUCCGGCCGCGCAAGUCACGCAAGAAGGUCGUGUGGACAGAGGACACCGUUGACAAUGAACAUAUGAAUAAGAAGAAGUCCAAGUGUUGCUGCAUUUACGAAAAACCGAAGGCGUUUGGCGAGUCAGACUCGGAAGACAGUGACGAUGAGUGCGAGCACUGCUUCGGACACGUGGAGAAACGGCACAAACAAGCAGGCAAUAGCACAGUUACAACGGAUGAGCAGGACGGGGCGGGCUCGGAGGCACCGGCCACCGUGACGCUGCAGCCCUCCCCCGCGCCCGCGGAACCCUCGCCGCCCGACACCAACAAGGACACACCUGAGUAAAUCACCACUUUUCUACAUGUAUAUACCUUAUAUUAUAUUGUAUAAAGUAAAUUCAUAGAGGAACUGACACGGGAUUUAUAAAAACCGCGCCAGCUUUCGUGUAUCAUGUUAUUAUAGGGACCGUGCACGUGGGAGGGUCUGCCAUCUUGUGGCCUGAAUCGGAAACAUACACAUGUACAUUGACACUUCACGCCCACGCAAGUACUGCCAUCUACCGCUCUCGUACGUUUUCUUGUGCAUAGUAGGUUCUGCCAUCUUGGGUGCUACAUUGGAAGUUUAUACUUCACAUUUACACCUCGCGCCAAAAAUAUGACGUCUCCUGUGCUGCCCCCUACAGUUUAUGCACGCUCCCUGCACAAGGAUUUCAAAAUGAGUUAAGGUCUUAGAUCGUUAACAUUUGUUUCGCAAUGGGAUUCCAGAACUGUAGAUUGUAUUGGUUCCAACUUUUUUGAAACCAAACAAAAUCUAUCUAUUGACGAAAUAAAUCUUUAACAACCAUUGACAUAUAUUCUAAGGACGGGCCUUACGAACACUAAGAAUGGUGUUAGUUCAGUGGUGUCACUCACGAAUUCAAGCCAAUCAUGCAGUCUAACGCAACUAGUUGCGACCAAUCGCGCGCGUGAUGCGAACUCAUGAUUGGCUCGAAUUCAUGUGCGUAACACCCGCCGUCCGUGGAUAUACAUGCUAAUAUUAACAAAAAUUUGUUUGAAAUCUGUUUGCAUAGCAUACCAACAAAACACUAUCUCCAUAUACACCGUGGGCCAAUUAAACCCGACAGAUUUUAAAGGUGUAUUCUUGACCGCAUUUAGAGACUAAAAUGUCAUACGAUGUUUUCUGAAAUCGGUCUUGUUUUAGAGAUAAUGACAAUUUCUGUGAAAAUUUGUUUCUUUUAUAACUUAGUCAAAAACGCAUUUUUAGCUGUGACGCUGCCACUAUGUGACUUGGUUUAGACAUACCUACUGACAGAUAUUAAAGUUUUAAAGUAAACUCGCAAUUUUCGUCUGUAAAUAAAAAAAACUACUUAUUCGUUGUAAUGAUUUUUUUUCACCAAGGUGUAAAAAUAAAUAACGUAUCGUGUGCAGAAAACGCAAAAGGAAAUUUUUUUUUUCGGCAAAAAAAAAAUUUUUUUUUGGCGAAUUUGGCCAAAACUCAUAUAAUUUUUAUUGCUCCUUAUGACCUCAGGAAUGCGUGGUUAAAAUCUAUCGGGUUUAAUUGGCCCACGGUGUAUACUUACCGUAAACAACUCCAAUCAUGUAUUGACGUUCUAACCUCUAAAUAUCAUCAUAAUUUUAAUGUUAUGCAUAUUUAACUAAAUACACCUUUUUAUUCUGCCCCCUAAAACCGUAGAUCAGUGCCUUAAAUACUAUUUUCGCUUAUCAACUUCCAAUUGUUAAAAACAAAUACUAACCUUUAAAUCUAUAAUAAUAAAGUUCACUUUACAAUGCCACUCCUUGAUAGGUGUUUAAGAAUUUUGUUAAGGUUACAUUUAAGUUAAUUAGUUAAAGCGAGAUGUUUACUUAAUAUUCCAUUGUAUUUAAGUUAUUUGGUAAUAAAUACAUGUGAAUACAA